ACUCAUGACCAAAACAUACUAUGAGCUAUUAGGUAUUAGCCCCACUAGCAGUAGCAUAGAAAUCAAACAAGCAUACCGUGAAAAAUUAUUAACAACACAUCCUGAUAAGGUAAAUAAUAAAGGUGUCCAGGAUGAAAUAUCACUCAUAAAGGAAGCAUAUAGGACAUUGAUUGAUUCAGAAUCUAGAACAAACUAUGACAAUCUGAUAAUACAAGGAUCUAAAUUGAAAGGAUUUAACUUGAAUGGAGGUGGACUUGAUUUGUACUCUCUUGAAGAUUUUGAAUUUGACGAGGAUAAUGUCAUAUGGCUGAAGACUUGCCCAAGAUGUCAAUUUCCCGAGGGAAUCAAGCUUUGUGAAACAGAUCUUGAACAAAAUGGAACUGCAGAUAACCAAGGUGGAUAUGAUAUUAUUGUACAAUGUAGCAGUUGUAGUUUGUGGAUUCAAGUGAAAUAUUACGACGCUGUGGAAUCAGACUAGUAUAUUUAUAGGAUAAUUAAGACUUCUAUUUAACAAGAUAGAACCAUCCAUUUUGAUUCUGCUGAAAUCGGAACGUUUGUCAAUUCCAUGCCUAAAGUGUUGUUCAUCAUCACUAGAUUCCAGAGAACUCUCCCAAUACGGGUCCAGGAAUUUCCAAUCUGGUUCCAGAGCGCUAUCAUCAUCUGAGCCGGAAUCAUAAUCGUUGCUAAACAUGUCUUGAAAUAACAAGCGGAGGAAAAGCUUUUUGAAGGAAAAGUACUUUGGCAGUUUGUAUUCUUCUUCUGAGGAUGAAUCCGUUCCGUAGCCGUCUCCAAAAUGUGAAUGUAUUCGAGGAUAGUCAGCAGUAACCAUUGAUAUAAGGAAUAGGUAUAGUAUUAGCAAUGUUAUCUUCAUAGUUUGUUUGUAAUACAAGAAAAAAAUAGCCGCUUUUUGUAAAACCUCUCACUUUAUUUUCCUUUAUUUACAGCGCUUUCUACAUUAUGUUCCAACUGUUUUGACCACUGAUCUAACUCGGUGGUUAUUUCUUCUAAUAUUGCUAUUUUGUUUUCAAUACUAAUCAAUUCUUGAGAAUGACUUUCAAAUUCUGCUUUUAACUGUUUUAGUUGAUUUGAAUUGGUUUCCAUAUCAUCCAAAUUCUUUUCAAGUUUAAUGUAGUUCAAUGAUUGGUUUGUGUUGAGGUUUUCCAACAAGUUUAAGUCAAUUGUUGACACAUUGGUAUCAGAUUCUACUAUCUUGGAAGCAGCAUUCAAUGCAAGGCUUACUAGCUUGGGUGUAUCCCUCAGGGUUGACAUAACACGAUGAUAAUCUGAUUAUAAUUUACGAGCCC